CUUAGCAACUCUCUAGACGAUAAACUUGCAUCUUGUACACAAUCGUUCUGGUAAGAUUAGAAAUUUGCCAGAAGUUUAUUUGCUCACUAAAUAUUAGCAAACCCGACGGGACGUGUUUGUGUUUGGCUACUUUUUAACCUUUCCAAAAUGUCAGAAGCCGGUCCACAAGAAUCGGAAACCAAGACGGAGGAGCCUUCCCAGUCUGAGAGUCAAAACAUGGACUCUGCCCUGACCGUGUCUACCGAGAAAACAGCAUCUCAGCCGUCUCAGCCGUCUAUGCUAUCUCAAACAAUACAGUCAGUGCAAACACUAUCGCAGCCCUCUGUGAAUGCUUCUGAUGUCACGUUUGCGGCUAAAGAACAGGAAUUCAUCAAAGCGAAAUCAUAUCUUCUUACAGCUAGCACAAAUACUGGUCUUAAUAUCUAUGACCAUCUCUCACAUGUUCUUUCAAAAGUUCUUGACGAGCGACCAGCCAAUGUUGUGGAUAUUUUUGAAGAUAUCAGCAAGGACUCUAAACGAGCUAAAUUUAUAUCUGACACCGAUACAGUGCACGACAAAAUUGAUCAGUCCACAGAAGUUGCUUUAGCUCAAGUGCAAAAGAAAUUGUUUUCAAAAGGUGAAGGUGAAGAAGAUGAAAUGCCACCAGACGAGGAUGUCGAGACUCCGCUACCAAACAUCAUGGAGCUGUGUUUCUUCUUCGAGCAAGCAGCCAUUGGGAUGAACCGCGAAGAGAUGAUCCGUGUGUGGCUCGCACUCAAGAACCUGGUGGACAACCACCCACUGCAGCACGUCAGGUUCUGGGGCAAGAUCUUUGGUCGGGAACAGAAUUACUAUGUUGCCGAGGUGGAGUACCGAGAGGGGGAUGAAGAGGAGGAGGAGGAGGAAGAGGAGGAACAGAAUGAAGAAGAUUCAAAUGAGAAAGAAGAAGCCGAGGAAGGAGAGGAAGAUGAGGCAGAGGAGGAUGACUACCCAAAGCCAGAUUUCAAGCCACCACCACCAAUCCCAAAAGAAGAAAACAGAACUGGAGCCAACAAGAAAACAUAUUUUGUCUGCAAUGACCCUGGGAAAAUGUGGAUUAAGCUCCCCACAGUGACUCCUGCACAUAUACAAGUAGCGAGGAAAAUAAAGAAGUUCUUUACAGGAAGACUAGAUGCCCCAAUUGUGAGUUAUCCCCCAUUUCUAGGCAAUGAGGCAAACUAUCUGAGAGCCCAGAUCGCACGGAUAUCAGCGGGAACUCACAUUUCUCCACUCGGCUUCUACCAGUUCGAUGAGGAGGAGGAGGAAGAGGAGGAGGGUGAAGCACGUGAUCACUUUAUUGAAAAUCUUGACUUCGAGGGUUUGUCCGUCCGAGAUCUUCUUGAUCCAAAUCUUUCCAACUGGGUCCACCAUGUUCAGCAUGUUUUACCUCAGGGUCGGUGUUCUUGGUGGAAUCCGGUUCAGAAAAACGAGGAUGAUUUUGAGGAGGAAGAUGAGGAAGAGGACCGUGAGGAGCCGGAUGAGCCUGAGCCGGAGGUGGGCCCCCCACUGCUGACCCCCCUCGCUGAGGACGAGGAGAUCGCCGGUCUCAUCCCCUGGACCCCAUCUCUCUCCUCCUACCUCAUUCCACAGUAUUCUAUAGCUGUGAUGCACUCCAAUCUCUGGCCUGGCGCACAUGCCUUUGCCUUUGAGAAGAAAUUUGAGAACAUUUACAUUGGUUUUGGACUGAAGUAUUGCCAAGAGAACUACAGCCCACCACCCCCACCGCCAGUGCAGGAGGAGUUCCCCAGCGGUAUCGAGAUCUCGGAGGCUGACGAUCCCACCCCAGAAGAGGAAGCCGCUUUAAGAGCAGCACAGCAGGAAGCUCAAGAGGCUGCAGAGGAGAUGGAGGAGGCAGAUGAAGAAGAAGAGGACGAGGAUUAAAAAUAAUGGAAACACUCCAUCAUGGAUCCAUCAGACUUUUAUUCACUAUUCCAUAUUGUCAACAAAGGCUGAAACAUAUUUGUGAAAGCAAAUACAUUUAAAUGGUUACAGAAAGGUAUCAGUUGCAUCAGUAAGACCUUUUUAUUUGUAAUAAAUAUAUAUAUAUUUUUGUUAUUGCAAGAUGUGUAACUUUGUCUGCUCUGUUGUACAAUAAUAUCAUUAUCUGUGAUAGAACUUCUGUUUCUGAGUUUUUCUUCAUAAUUUGAAAACUUGAUAUGCUGAUCUGUUGUGAAGUUAUGACAUAGGUCAAGGCAUGUGAACAAGACUGGUAACAGGUGGGGGAAGGGGUGGGGGGUUGGUGAGUAGAGCUGGAGUCUCAUAAUGAUCUAGAACUUCCAAUAUCAUUGCCUUUUGUACAGCAGUCAGCCAUUGCUUUACUGUAAUCAAUCAAGUAAGAAGAAAGCCAAAACGUUGUAUGUUUUACCACUCUCUUUUUGUUAUUCUGUGAUUGUCUGUUUAGUUUUGUCUUUCUUACUGCAAUAUUCUUGUACUCAUUUGUAUAUAUAUUUAAAAAAGGAAGUGCAUAUUAAUUAAUGUUUUCAAAAUUGUGAUCUUAAUAAUUAGCCAAAGUAUUGUUUCUAAAGUUUCAUAAAAAUUGGUGAAUAAACUCUUACAUUUAUUGA